AUGAAGGGUAGUGCCCAGCGAAAGCUGGACCAACAAAACUUCAUGGAGCAGGUACGCGAAUGUAGGGACAAUGGCUACCUGCUGUCUUCCAGGAAGAUUGGCUCUGGGGCCUUCUCCAAAGUCUACCUGGCCUACGCCACACAGGAGCGCAUGCGGCACAACCCCAAGCUGGCCUCCGACCUGCGAGGCAAGCACCAUGCCAUGGUGGCUAUCAAGAUCAUCUCCACGGCUAAGGCCCCCGUGGAGUUCUCCGAGAAGUUCCUGCCUCGUGAGAUAUCAUCCCUCAACGCUACCUACAAGCACCUGAACGUGGUGCAGCUCUAUGAGACCUACCACAACAGCCAGCGCUCCUACUUGGUGCUGGAGUUGGCGGCCCGCGGGGACUUGCUGGAGCACAUCAACGCCAUGUCGGGCCACCGCUGCCACCCAGGGCUGGAAGAGGAGGAGGCCCGUGGGCUGUUCUGGCAGCUGGUCAGUGCCGUGGCCCACUGCCACAGCUCUGGCAUCGUGCACAGGGAUCUCAAGUGUGAGAACAUCCUGCUGGACGACCAGGGCCUCCUAAAGCUGACCGACUUUGGCUUCGCCAACCGCUCGGGCCUCAAGGACUCACUGCUGAGCACCUUCUGCGGCUCUGUGGCUUACGCGGCCCCCGAGAUCCUCAUGAGCAAGAAGUACAAUGGGGAGCAGGCGGACCUGUGGAGCCUGGGUAUCAUCCUCUAUGCCAUGGUGUCUGGGAAGCUGCCCUUCAAGGAGCAUCGGCCACGCCGCGUGCUGCACCUCAUGCGCCAAGGCCCCGCCUUCAGGCCAGGCGUGUCCCCAGAGUGCCAGGACCUGAUCCGGGGCCUGCUACAGCUAAGGCCGCGCGCACGCCUGGACCUGCAACAGGUGGCCGCCCACUGCUGGAUGCUGCCCGCCGCGCAUGCGCUCUUCUGCACCACGCUCCGCUCGUCGCCAGUGAAGCCAGCCAAGCCACAGCUGCCCGCAACCCUGCAUCCCACGGAGCCUGGCAGAGACUCAGAGCGUCCAAGGCCACUCCUGCAGCUCCGGCGCUCCCAGCACGGGGGGACUCACCGCAGGAAUGCUUCUGGCCUGACGCCUGAGCCCCCAGAGGGAGUCCCAAGAAGAGGUGCAGGAUCUGCCCAGCGGGAGCUCCGGAGCAUGGUGGUAGCCAGCCUGGGGGUGGGCGCCUCCGGGUAG